AUGGAAAUUCAAGGCAUUCACGUCGAAAGGUCAAUGACGGAAAAUAUGCAGCAGCCUCAGGCAGAACGCCCCGUUCGGCCAGUUCUUUUAGGAAUUGCUAUUGCCUCUGGACUGAGUCAAACGAGUGGUGCGACGGCCGCGGGGCUUGCGACUCCUGAACCGUCCCAUCCCAGUCUGCAGGGCUGGGGUGAAGUGACUGCUGGGUAUCUUGGUAGCACACAAUGCGAAGGCGAACAGCCGGUGCUUGCAGACAGAAAGACACGCAUGGUCGUCGAGAAGGGAGAGGCGCUAGAUGCAAGGUCCGUUGAGUGGCCAUGGCCAUGUAGGGAUGAAGCGAUCGGCAACGUGACUUGCAGCCAAGUAGCCAUGGUUGGACAGACUGGUAGGGAGGUGCGUUUCUUCUGGGGAAACAAGGUGCACCGAGUGUAG